UUGUGGUUAAGCUAACAGCAUCUAGUUUUUCUUUGUUAAGCUGUUGUUUACUAAUUUUGCUGUGAAGUUAAAUUGAGAAAAUUGUGAAGAUUGUGUUAAAAAAUGGCAUUUGCAUACAUUGCAUCAUAUUUAUAUGAUACCGAUAAUGAGCAGCCAUUAAACGUGCCAAGAAUUGACCGGCGUAGGCUUCGCGAAAUCGAUAACCCUUUCGAACUAACGUUAACGGAGUUCCGGAGGCUAUAUAGACUCAGUCCCGGCAUGGUUGAAAAUUUGGUGUCUCAACUUGACAAUCAAUUAAGAGGAUCGCGAAUAACAGCGUUAUCGACUGAAAAGCAGGUUCUAGCUGCUCUACGGUUUUAUGCCACUGGAUGCUAUCAACGCCCAGUAGGUGAACAGUGGGGCAUAUCCAUGAGCCAAACAUCGAUAAGCCGUUGCAUACACCGGGUGACUGACGCAAUCAACAAUUCAAUGUUUACCUCCAAAGUGAAGUUCCCUAUGACGCAACUGGAGUGCCAAGCGGCAAAGGAAAUUUUUGCGUCUGCACCUUCACCAUUUGUAGCAGGAACUAUCGGUGCAAUCGACUGCACCCAUGUUGCAAUUUUGGCUCCCAAAAAUAAUGAAUCAAAUUAUGUCAAUCACCAUGGGUACCAUUCGAUGAACGUGCAAAUGAUAUGUGAUCCAAAUCUUAAGAUCUUAAACGUGAAUGCAAAAUUUCCGGGAGCACGACAUGAUUCGUUUAUUUGGAGCUUCUCUGCAGCGCGUCGGGUCAUGCAGCGAUCAUUUGAAACUGGAAAUCACAACACGUUUUUGAUAGGCGAUUCUGGAUACCCGCUGGAGCCAUGGCUGAUGACACCUUUACCAAACGAGCCAGAAGGAACACCAAAGUUUCGCUACAACGAGGCGCUAUGUAAAGCACGUAACCCGAUCGAGAGACUCUUUGGCGUCCUUAAAGGCACAUGGCGGUGCUUAUCACGGCAAAGAGUACUUUUGUAUGACCCCGGCUUUGCUGGCCGAGUAGUUAACGCGUGCGCAACAUUGCAUAACGUUCGUUUGGGCGAUCAAACAACCGCUUUUGACGAUCGGGUUGUUUAUGAUAACGAAAUACUAAGCACUAAUGACGAUUCCGCAGCACCUUCUUCAGUAGCAAAACGUGUUCAGCAACGAAUUAUAGCAAAUUUUUUUUAAAUAUUCGUAUAACUUAAUAUAUGCCGUCAACGAUCGUCUCGAUAGUAGGCCAGCCAUCCACCAAGAGACGCAAAUUUGUUCAAUCCACGUUAACUAACGCCUUUAUUUGUCACCCGUUUUUUUAUCAUCUUCCUCUGCACAAUAAAAUGGGCAACGCUUUUUGCAUUAUAUGUAAUACAUAUUCAACAAAUCAACAGUAUUUAUUUUUCACGUCCAAUGAACAUACUUGGCGAGCCGUUAAAUGGCACCGCUAAAACUGCGAACUAACCAGCUAAAUUUAUUGAUUUUUAUACCUCAAUGAAAAAGUUCCACACCUGCGCCGGCUUUAGUAGCAAUGUAUGCACGAUUGCUCGUUCAUACGAAAUCGAACCGGUGGACAUUAAAAGGAUUCUUGCAGCAAUUGUUGCCCUCUGUUUCCAAGCAUCAAUACAGCCUAUAUUGCUGAAAAUGUUCCUAAAUCUAUUACAAAACAACCAACCCAACAGCGCCCUUACACUGUCCGGGCGUUUCGCUUUAAACCAAUAAACAACAAUUGAAUUUGUGAGUGCCGGUGCUGUUGUGAAGGGUUAUUCAUGGAUACCACAAAAAGAGAUACAAAACUACAUCAAUGCUGUUGGCAUAAUACUCGCUUCUCUGCCUGAGAAAUGUUGGAAGGCAAAUGAUCCCCAUAGUGAGCCGCUGAUACCUAUGUGUCUUCAGUUGGUAAUUGCAUAGUUACUGCCGCGAGUGCGGUUCACAAUGCUCUUUGCCGCAUUCUUUUUGGCAUGGUCGUUUGUUGAACCAGCCCACAUAACAGACGCUCGUUUGGCAAGUUCUAUUUCCGUUGCUUGAUAAUGUGCGUGCGCUUUCCAGUACGGGAAGCAGUGAGAAGGUGGAUGGUGCUGCCUUGAGUAAAAAUUGUGAAGACUCGCUGGCCGCACUAAAAUCUCUGCAAGAAAUUAUGCAUGACAAUGCAGACAAAUUGGCGUCACUUGCUAACGAGGAAACAGCGGAAACAAAGAUGAGGAAUUUGCAG